ACUGUACAGAGAGCUGCUAUGGGGUCGCAAUAUAUGGCGACAUAAUCUCUCGGCGUUAGCCCUGCUUUUCCUGGCGUUUCUACCGCCAAAAUUUAAGAUCAACACCAGCUCGAGCUGGUACGAUCUUCCACCCUCCAGCAGCUGCACAACAGCCACCACCAAGCAACCACCGCGCACACACAGCUCCCCAGCACUUUUCUAGAGCUCUGUACGAGUUCUACACAACAUCAAGACCGCUCUUCGGCCAGAUACGCGUCUCAGCGACCUCGCAACUUCCCCUACAGCCGAGGAAUCGCAAACGCCGAGAUGAACCCAGCGCAUCGCGAAGGGUGGCCUUCGUCGCAGGCACCUGCGCCUGGACAGACACCACAGCAGCAAACAGAGCAGAAUCAGAGACAACCUGCGCGGCCACUGGACCCUUAUGGGCCGAACAACGCGAGUGCUCAGCCUCCCACACAUGCGUCACCUGCGCAAGGUCCAGGGCCUGUGCUUCCGCCCCCCUCUGGCACCCCAUUCUACUCAUCGAACGCUGCGACAGCUCACAACCAGAAUUUGCCGCCGCUCCCUGGCUUGACCGGCCAGCCUCCACACUCGUCGCCCCAUCAGUCUGCGCAGAGAGCACCCUCAACAGAAGCAGGGUCGGCUGCGCAAGGACACCAGAUGCCACAGGGGCCGUCAUAUUCGCUGCCGGGCAUCUCCCAGACCCUGCAGCAACAACAGGGUCCACCACAAGACCAGGCGAACGCAGGCAGGGAACGAGAGCUGCGUGAGCGCGAAACCAGAGAGCGAGAGAUGAUGGAGUCGCAUGCUGCCCAGCAUGCUGCUGCACAGCAAGAAGAGCAUGCAAAGCGUGAAGCCGAGCAACGCGAUCGGGAACUCCACGAGCGCCAGCAGCGCGAGCAAGCUGCACUCCAGAAUCACUCUGCGCCGAUCCAGAUCCACCAGCCUGUCGCUGUCGCCCCCUCCACACGAACCGUACAUGGACCCAAUGGCCUGCUAGGUCAAUCAGGGCCGUUGGCAGGCGCAAACCCUCUGGCUGGGCCAAUGAGUGGACCAAAUGCUGUGGGGCCAUUGUACGGUAAUGCCCCUGCUCAGCAUGAGCAAACGACACCGCGCGUGCAGCACGCUGUGCAGGCGCCAACGCAGGCUCAGAUGUUGAUGCCAUUCACGGGUCCACCAGGCGCGGUGGGCAUGGGUCAGGGUCAGCAACCCAUUCUCAAUGACGCUCUAAGCUACCUCGACCAAGUCAAAGUCCAGUUCGCCGAUCAUCCCGAUGUUUACAACCGCUUCUUGGAUAUUAUGAAGGAUUUCAAGAGCGGCGCUAUUGACACUCCCGGUGUUAUCGAGCGCGUAUCGACACUCUUUGCAGGCAACCCCAAUCUGAUCCAGGGCUUCAACACAUUUCUUCCGCCAGGCUAUAAGAUUGAGUGUGGAACGAAUGGGGAUCCAAAUGCUAUUAGAGUUACUACCCCCAUGGGCACGAUGGUCUCGACUAUGCCUGCUCCGAGGCCUCUCUCACCACCACGCAGCGCGGCGGCGAACGGCAACACCGCCUCUCAGCACGAAGCUGCAUUCUACGAGACUACACAAGGACGACCCUGGCCUCAGCAACAGCGGGCACCAGAGCCUGCUGAGUCGUUAUUCUCUCCGAACAACCGCAACCUCGGUCAGCCACUGUAUGGCGCACAGCAAGGCCAGCAAGGUCCUGCACCGCACUCUCCAGAGGCAACGACGCGCCCACACCCUGACGCAGCAGCUUCGGCCGCAGCGCUUGCGCAUCAACAGGAGCAACAGGGCGUCUCUCAGCUUCAGAACGCCGUCUCCGCUGCUACUGGACGUUCUAUGCUCGCACUUAGCGGCGAUACAUCUACACCCCUCCCCGUGCAGGCAUUGAACGGUGCGGCUCAGGUUGCUCAAAUGGGUGGUGUUGGUGCUGAGAAGCGUGGUCCUGUCGAGUUCAACCAUGCUAUCAGCUACGUGAACAAGAUCAAGAACCGCUUCGCAUCGCAGCCUGAUAUCUACAAGCAGUUCUUGGAGAUCCUACAGACCUACCAACGAGAGUCGAAGCCCAUUCAGGACGUGUAUGCCCAAGUUACAGGACUGUUCAACGCUGCUCCUGAUCUCUUGGAAGACUUCAAGCAGUUUCUCCCAGAGUCGGCUGCCCAGCAUAGGGCGCAGCAGCAAGCAGCUAGACACGCCGAAGAUGCUGUCAUGCUGAGCAAUGUCCGCGGCGAUGCUGCUGGUUACGGUCAGACACCAAACCUCCAACAGACUCCACGCGCAGAGCAAUCGCGACUACCACCUAUGGGCAACUUUGCUCCUACACCCACUGCAAACCGCGACAACAAGCGAAAGCGUGAUCGACAAGGACCAGUGGCUGCUCCCAUGCCCGCCCCAAUGACACAAGAACCACCAACGUCGAAUGUCCGCGGUGGUAACUUUGGACCAAACGCGAACAAGCGAGCCAAAACCGGCCACGCCGCGAAGCAGGCAGUACCUGAAGGUCCCCCAGUCUCGCCAACGCUUACACCGGCACUGCCUGAGCCGAUGCCACCAACGACAACCACCACGCCGAGUCAGGAUGAGCUUGCUUUCUUCGACCGUGUCAAGAAGUUCAUUGGAAACAAGAACACGAUGAACGAGUUCCUGAAGCUGUGCAACCUUUACUCACAAGAUCUGAUUGACAAGACGCUACUUCUGUAUCGCGCACAGUCCUUCAUCGGCGGCAAUCCAGAGUUGUUCGCCUGGUUCAAGAAGUUCAUGGGAGAGGAUGACGAGCAGCAGAAGACGCGUCCCAAGACUGUCAACUCGCGAGUCUCCCUCUCCAACUGCCGCAGCCUCGGACCCAGUUAUCGGUUGCUGCCUAAGCGAGAACGCGAGCGGGUUUGCAGUGGUCGCGACGAACUGUGCAAAUCGGUUCUGAACGAUGAAUGGGCCUCUCACCCGACUUGGGCUUCUGAAGACUCCGGAUUCAUUGCCCACCGCAAAAACCAGUUUGAAGAGGGUCUCCAUAGGAUCGAAGAAGAGCGCCACGACUACGACUUCAAUAUCGAAGCUUGCAGUCGCACCAUUCAGCAACUUGAACCGAUCGCAAACCAGCUCCUUACCAUGAAACAAGAGGACCGAACGAACUUCGUGCUUCCACCCGGUCUUGGAGGCCAAAGUGAGACCAUCUACAAGCGCGUCAUCAUGAAGAUAUAUGGUCGCGAUCGGGGCAAGGACGUCAUCAAGGAGCUCUUCACCAUGCCCUGGAGUGUGGUGCCAGUCUUGUUGCACCGCCUGAAAUGCAAGCUGGAAGACUGGAAGGCUGCUCAGCGUGAGUGGGAAAGGGUCUGGCGCGACCAGACACAGAAGAUCUUCUGGAAGUCUUUGGAUCACCAGAGUCUGUCUGUCAAGCAGGCCGACAAGCGGCAGUUCCAGCCUAAGUCGCUUACCAACGAGGUUCUCGUUCGUUACGAGGAACAGAAGCGACUACGACAAAUCCAGGAGAUUCCUCAGCCGGAGUACCAGUUCGCAUUCUCAUUCAAGGAUGAUGAGACUCUCUUCGACGUAGCCCGCCUCAUGAUUACGUUCGCGGAUAACAACAGUGGUACUGAGUACACCAAGGUAGUUCCGUUUAUUAAGGAGUUUGUGCCUCUUUUCUUCGGCCUUGAUCAGGCCAAGUUUGAGCAGCGGGUCCAAACAUCUGGCCGCGACACUCCCAACGAGUCUGGCGAUGACACCCCAAGCCCCGACGAUGAUGUUUCCCAGCGAUUGCAAAAGCCGAAGAAGGGAGACCUGCGCCGCGAUGUACUUGACCCUCGUGGCAAGUCUCGCAAGGACAAAGAGGACAGCCUCGCAUCGGCAAGCAGAGACACAACUCCCGAGAUCGCCUCUGGCAUCGAAGACGAGGCUGCUGUGGACAGCUCCAACUCCAAUGGUCGUGACGAACAAGCUACAGGUAGUUGGGUGGAAUACUCUGCUCAGCCCGCAGCCCUGGACGACAAGGAGAUUGAGCAUGAUGAGCCGUAUCGACGCAUUGAGUAUAACAUGUACGCCAACUCGUCAAUCUACUGCUUCUUCCGCAUGUUCGUCUACCUGUACGAACGGUUGCUCAAGCUCAAAGAAAGCGAGGACGAGGUCCGAAAGGUUGUCAGUCGAGCUAUGGAGCCCAAGGCUGCGCGACGACUCAAGAUGUUGGACAAGCAGCCUGAUGACUUCUUCAAGGACACGUCCCCGUCCGCAAACUUCUAUCAGCAAGUCCUUGAGAUGUUCCAAGAUCAAAUCCUUGGCGAAGUCGACAUGAAUUUCAUCGAAGAGACAUUGCGACGAUACUACUUGCAGAUCGGAUGGCAGAUGUACAGUUUCGACAGGCUGAUUAACUCACUUGUUCGUUUCGCCCUUGUCGUAGUCAGCUCUGACAGCAAGGACAAGAGCCUUGACAUCUACAACCUGUUCAGGAAGGACCGCGUCAACGACACCACAUCACAUAAGAACGAGAUCAGCUACAGGAAGGCAGUCGAGAAGUACGCGAAGGAUGCCGAUACCUACCGCAUCACCUACGACCCUGCGAAGACAGAAGCUACCGUGCGCCUAUUCAAGAAGGACGAUCCCACAUUUGACUCCAACGCACUCGACCGGACUAGGCGCUGGCGUGCGUACCUCGCCUCUUAUCAGGCAGUCGAGCCUACUGAAGAAGUAGACCAUGCGAAGGUCCAAUACCCAUACCUUAAGAAGCGUCUUGCCAAGGUUGAGGACCUCGCAGAACAGGAUGACCGACUCGACCUUGUGAAGCACAGCGACAAGAUCACUGUUUCAAUCAGCCCUCAGACAUACAACAUCACCUUCAUCAACAGCGAGCCAUUCGGUACCGGCGGUGUGCAGUACUUCACGCUUCCGGAUACUAUUCGUGCGGGUGUGAGUGGGAGCGUUUCGCAACCUAACGAGCACUACAAGGGUCUUAAUGACGCCAGGCGCGAGCGAGCUCAGGAAAAGCUGGUCCGCAACAAUACCUGGAUGAGGGACCUCAGCCGCGAUGACGUUGACUCCAAGAAGGCCACUUUCAAGAAGGGGCUUGAAGAUGUCAAGCAAGCGAACGAUAACAAGGAUGUAGAGAUGGCGGAGGCAUAGUCUGAUUUACACGAUACGGCGUCUGGCGAAAUGCUCAUCUCGAACACGAAACAUAUAACGAGGAUGGGUUUGAGGCUUGGGUACUGGCUGUGGGUUUCUUUGUAUACCUGAGUGUAUGGGCUAUGCGUUGGAGCGUGCAUGUGAGGCUGCGUAGUGCAGUCGUGGCGUUUGAUUUCUAAUCGCGGUUCUUAUCUAUAUCCAUGAUUGCAUCUUCGUUCAUACAAUUCGAUCAACAAUAUCACAUUUCAAACUCCAAUCCCCUCGUCAUCCACCGACUUACUGGCAAAGUCCGGAGAAAUUUCGAGCGAGUACUCGCGGAAGUAUCCUGCUGAUUGCACGAAGUCGGAUAAAACACCUUAACCACCGGCACAAGUAGAGAAGACAAUGACAACUGCUGUUCAUCUGGGCAUCGAGAUGGCUCAGAUACAACUAC